AAGAAUGGCUCUCUGUUUAUAUAUAUAUUUAUUUGUCACUUCUUUCAUAGAAGGAUCCUGCUUAUUUUUACGGAUAUGUGUAUUUCCGACAAGUUCGAGAUAAAACUCUAAAAAGAGGCUACUUUCAGAAGUCAUUGGUUUUAAUCAGCAAACUACCUUAUAUUCAUUUUUUUCAUACUGUGCUCAAACAGAUAGCACCUGAGUAUUUUGAGAAGAGUGAACCUUAUUUGGAAGCGGCUUGUAAUGAUGUUGAUCGAUGGCCUGCCCCAGUACCAGGGAAAACGUUACACCUGCCUAUCAUGGGGGUGGUAAUGAAGGUACGGAUUCCCACAUGUCAUGACAAGCCUGGGACAACACAAAUAGUGCAGUUAACUCAGCAGGCAGACACACAUAUAUCUGUUAUUUUACCUACUGUUCAUGAGGUGGAUCUUUUCAGGUGUUUCUGCCCAGUUUUCCUUCAUAGUCAGAUGCUUUGGGAACUGGUGCUUUUGGGGGAGCCCCUUGUGGUCAUGGCACCAUCACCAUCAGAGUCCUCAGAGACUGUAUUGGCUCUUGUUAACUGUAUUUCUCCAUUAAAGUACUUCAGUGAUUUCCGGCCUUAUUUUACUAUUCAUGAUAGUGAAUUCAAAGAAUAUACUACCCGGACUCAAGCUCCGCCUUCAGUCAUAUUAGGAGUGACCAAUCCUUUUUUUGCUAAAACACUCCAGCACUGGCCACAUAUUAUUCGAAUAGGAGACCUUAAACCUGCAGGUGAAAUUCCUAAGCAGGUUAAAGUGAAAAAAUUGAAGAACCUAAAGACUCUGGAUUCUAAACCUGGAGUUUAUACUUCUUAUAAGCCAUAUCUAAAUAGAGAUGAAGAGAUCAUAAAACAGUUACAGAAGGGUGUACAACAGAAGCGUCCUUCUGAGGCUCAAAGCGUUAUUCUCCGACGAUAUUUUUUGGAACUGACACAAAGCUUCAUCAUUCCAUUAGAAAGAUAUGUAGCAAGUUUGAUGCCUUUGCAGAGAAGUAUUUCUCCAUGGAAGAGUCCACCCCAAUUAAGACAGUUUCUUCCAGAAGAAUUUAUGAAAACGCUUGAGAAAACAGGACCUCAGCUAACCUCUAGAAUAAAAGGCGAUUGGAUUGGACUUUACCGGCAUUUUCUAAAGUCUCCAAAUUUUGAUGGUUGGUUCAAGACCCGGCGGAAAGAAAUGACACAAAAAUUGGAGGCGCUCCAUCUAGAAGCUCUUUGUGAAGAGGACUUACUUCUCUGGAUUCAGAAACACACAGAAGUAGAAACAGUAGACCUUGUAUUGAAGUUGAAAAAUAAGCUGUUGCAGGCAGAUCGAGAGCGUUUACCUGUGAAACCUGACACUGUGGAAAAGUUACGGACACACAUAGAUGCAAUUAUCUUAGCAUUGCCAGAGGACCUGCAAAGCAUACUGCUCAAAACAGGCAUGACAUGAUAUUUGCCAGUAUUUUCUAGCCAAAAAGGAUUGUGCACCAUGAAGCAUACUGACAUUUCAUCCAGACGCACAAAGGAGAACUCGGUGGCAGCAGAGUGGAAAAUAGCCGUGGAUGCUAGAUACAGGGUGGAAAGACUCUGUUGUAUAAACAGACCUUUUUAGUGCAUUAUUUUUAAAAAUGAGUAUCUGUGGUAGUUCCACUUUAAUACUGAAACACUGAAAGGCAUUUCUAUAUUUUUAAUCAUGUUCUAAAGUGCUCUUAUGAGAGACCUGUGGGGCCAUCAGUAUAAGUGAUUCCAAACUGCAGUGCUGGCAUUGCAGAUAUUUUUUUAAAUUGGUGCUGCUUUGCCCAAUCAUGUUAAAACUCAGGGGGAUAUAAAAACAUUUACACUGGCUAUCUUUUUAAGAAGGAAAAGUUUAAACUGUUCAACUAUAAUUAGAAGUAAUUGAUGCUUAUGUAGUGCCUUUUGUUGUCCUACAUGUUUCAUGAGGUCCAGCUGCUAGUGUUGAAGCUUCUUCUUAGCUAGAUUAUGAUAUGUAAUUUUAUAAGGCAUUCUAUUGAGUAAUCAUUGCUUAAAAAUAUGUUUCUUAGGCAUGGUGGGUUUUUUCCAUUUGUCACAUAGGUCAUUUCAUUAUUUUUUUAAAUUUAAUCUUAUCAGUUUCUCCAAAGGCAGGAAUCUAGUAUUAACUAUGUUUUGGCAGGGGGGUUUGGGGUUUUUUUUUGGCAGCUGGGCUGUAUGGGGAUCCAAACCCUUGACCUUGGUGUUAUAACACGGCGCUCUAGCCAACUGAGCUAGCUAGCCAGCCCUCUAUAAAUUAUGGAAGUUUUCUUUUACCCUUUACUAAUUGGGCCUGUUUAAAAUUAGUUUGGAUAUUUUUUAGACAUCCUAAUUAUGAACUUCAUAAUCAGCUCUUUUUUUAACCUGAAUUAUUCUUUUUUCAGAGGCAUUCAUAAACUUUUUAUAUGACAGUUAUUUGAGUGAUUAUAAGAUAUAUUUCCAGCAUUAUUUGUUUGGUAGUGUUUUUCUCCCAAAGUUAAUGUUCUCAAAACACUUCCCUACUCUUGUUUGACAUGGGAAUUUUUGCCUGAAUCACUGUUUAGCUAGUUUUAUGUUGUUGUUUUUGUGUUUUGUUUAAACUAUACUACCUUGCCAAAAAUAGAAGAAUGUGAUUUGGUAGAACAAGGUUGGUUUGUGUUUGAAUAGGAGUGUCCUGCAGAAGCCACUAUUUAAAAUAGGCACACAUGACAUAGCACAUAUGUAAAUAGCGUGUCUUGAAUUACCCUCUAAAUAACCAAUUUUAGUUGUAUGUAUUUGUAAAACAAAUGGCUUCAGAAGCUAUUUUUUGUUCUCUGUUGAUGUAAUUCUUAAGGGCAUUACUGACCCAAGGAAGGUUUCUUUUGUUUGUGACUGUGUUCUCAUACCCAAAUGUGCCCUUUUCUCAUGGAUACUUUUUUUUUUUUUUUGGCACAGGCUGGUCACUGAUAGUCUCUUGCAGCAUACCUCAAAGUCAUAGAGAGAAUAUGGCAUUUGAAAGAAAUCAUUUGCCUUCGAUCAUAUGAGUUAUUUUGUGAAACAACAAUUGACCUUUCAGAAAAGGGGCAACUAAUUUUAUAUGCUAAAGUAUUUCAUAACUUGGUGGGAAACUUUAUUUAGGUAUAAAUGGUCAUCUUAUUUUUCAGAAAGGUGUAUUUUAGUAAUCUUACAAUUUAUAUACAGUUUGUGACCAGAAUUUGAAAGUUGUCAGUGUCAUAUCAAGGAUCUUUUAAAUUAUACCACUACACAAUGUAUCAUUUCAAGUUUAUUUUGCACAGCUAAAGAGUAGCAAAAGAUGCCAAUUAGCAUGAUAAUGGCGUCUUCAUAUUUACUGUAUUUAACUGAAAUGUAACACAGGUUGAAAACCAUAUCAUACUUACCUGGUCUGUCUCUUAAUUUCAAAUUGUGUACUUGUAAAAAUAACUUAAAGUUGCAUUGGGAACCUGAGGAAAAAAGACUGACUAGGAACAUAAUUUUUUGUGUGAUUUUCAGAUUUAUCUUUUCUUUUUUUGGAGAAGACUUUGUUAAUAUCUAAACCCUGCCAUUUAAUGUUUUCUCUCCACCAGCAUCAGAAGGAAUCACUGUUUUAAGGAUGUUAUGUAAUGAUGCCUAGUGCCUUCUAUUUACAGUGAAAAAGAGGUUUUGUGAAGGCAUUUAUGGUCAUUACUGAAAACUGAAUUAAAGGCCUUGUAUUUUAAAGCA